AUGACAGACCCUGUCAACCUCAACAAUCUUCACUUCAUGUUGCAGAAAUAUCUGUUAGGACAAGAUGUGUUUCUCUUGUCGCAGCCGGGGCCAUAUGCGAGACGACUGGCCAUGACAUUCUGUAGCCUGAUUAACUCCGAAUAUGAGUAUAUCGCACUACAUAGAGACGUCGGAGAGACAGAGUUAAAGCAAGGCAGGGAGAUUAGACCUGGAGGUAACCUCGUCUACGUCGAUAGUCCGGCGGUACAAGCUGUCAAACUUGGCCGUAUCUUGAUUAUCGAAGGCGUAGAGAAAGCUGAGAGAGGGAUCAUGCCUGUAUUGAAUAACUUGUUGGAGAAUCGUGAGAUGAAUCUUGACGACGGAACACACAUAAUACACCCGCAUCGCUAUGCCUUGCUUGAAGACGGCCCUUCGAUCAAAGAUGUAUUUAUCCCCGCCCACAAGAACUUCCGUGUGGUAGCUAUUGCUGCUCCAGUUCCUCCAUACAAAGGAUAUCCUCUAGAUCCACCUUUUAGAAGCCGGUUCCAAGCGAGGUUCAUAGACCCCGUUGGCUCGAUGCUUGCAUUGACCGCACCUUCCCCUGAUUCGAUAUUCGAUAAGCUGAGAAAUAUCAUCCUUUCCACUCAGCUCGCCAGCGAAUCCAGGCAUUCCUUAGAAGCUAUCACGACUUCGUCUCUCCCCCCUUUCCCUCAGACUGCAUUGGCGAAAAUGUCGUGUCUAGUGCGCACAUUCCCGCCGCCUGAACGCUUUACACCGAGGCAGCUUAGUAGGCUAUUCUUGACUCUACAUCCCGCCCUCGUAUACGCGCCUUUCCAGGCAUGGGCGCUUCUGAGCCAGCAGACAGAAGAAGCGGGCCUCGGACCUUUGGGCAGUGCUGCUAUGACCAGCGAGGAUGAACUGAGCGACGAUACCGGAUUAUUCGGCUUUCGUGCUAUCAGCAUCACGAAGGCAGACAUCGAAGGCCAAGCAGAGGUUAUAUUCCAGCGAUCUGACGGAGCCGUGAUCACCCUGGAGGUUCCCUGUGGGCCGAAACCCUUUCAACCUUUCCCUCCUCAGGCGUCGCAAGACUUCCUCGUCACGAACCGUUUCAUGGGUCUCCUCACAUCUUUCUUACAGGCGCAUGCACUGGACUAUGACAUCACUUACAUACCCCCGGCUAUGCCAUCUACGGCAUCCUGCUCAACAUCUUUCCUCGUGAAAGUAUUCAGUGAGAUACUUGGGUACGACAGUGACACAGUGCACAUGUACAAAGAGCUUGGCGGGAGAGAGCUCGUCAUGAGGAGGAAGGUCGGGAGUGGCGGCGCUACGAGCUGGGAGCCAAGUCCUUUGAUUGAGGGAGCUUUGACUGGUCGGUUAGUGCACCUUUCCGGGAUGGAUGUUAUAGGGUCGACGGCGGGCUCCUUGGCGCGGCUCACCCAAGACCGUGAAACUGAACUCUGGGAAGGUAGACGGGUGGCAGCUCAAACACCGGAAGAAAACAAUGAUACGCUAUGGACAUCACACCCCAGUUUCCGAAUAGUUACGACUGCAUCCAAAUCACAGCCCUUGCGCGACUGGCUCUCUGAUGAGCACGCAAAUAUGUUCUUCCCCAUCCCAGCGGAACCCAUGAGCCGCCACGAGGAGACUACUCUGCUAAAGAAUAGAAGGCUGGGUACAUUGUCUGUGCUCAGGAUAGCGAGGAGGGUAGCCAAGUUCCCCUGGGACCAGGAUCUGCGAGCUAUGAUCAACAGAGCCCUUCUUGGGGAGUUCCUCCCUGCUGCCGAGAAGAUCAACCUGGAAACUCUGUUUGACGAAUGCGGCUUAUCCCGUUCAAAAUAUCUGUAUAAUCCACCGCCCACAGUCGAAAAGAAUCUCUUGGUGUUCCCAGAAGUUAGCGAUCCUCUCCAACAGGCAGAGGCUACCGUUAUACACCAGUUCGAUGCUGCUGAAGACCCAGAAGGAGUAGCGUCACGUAUACCCUACAUGGAGCACUUCUACGACAACAGCUUACAAACCGGCCUAAUGCGAGACCUAGCCAUCGAUUUAGAGGUGCUCAGGGAGCACGUCGUUCUGCUUGGUAAUCAGGAGGUAGUUACUGGUUCCCAGGGUGUUGGCAAGAACAAAAUCGUCGAUAGGUUAUGCCAACUCCUCGGACGCCCUCGAGAAUACGUGCAAUUGCAUCGGGAUACCACGGUCAACCAGCUCAUGUUCCAGACGUCUUUGGAAGGAGGGGUGCUGAAGUUUACUGAUUCGCCGCUGUUACGGGCCAUUAUCCAUGGCAGGGUGAUAAUAGUAGACGAAGCAGAUAAGGCACCGGAACAUGUGGUCGCCAUAUUCAAGAGUCUGGCUUCGCACGGGGAGCUUACUCUAUCUGAUGGACGAAGGGUCCGUCCGACGAGGGAACGUGAUAAUGAUAUAGUUGUCAAUCCAAACUUCAGGCUGGUGCUUCUAGCUAACCGGCCUGGAUAUCCGUUUUUAGGCAACCAUUUCUUGCAAGUCCUCGGAGACAGCUUUAGCUGUCACUCGCUCUCAAAUCCAGAUGCGGAGUCGGAACGAAAACUACUAUCAGAUCUCGCUCCGGAACUGGAGCCAGAGGUCCUCCGUCGCUUGGUAUUUGCGUUCCAGGACCUCCGUAGAGGCUAUGAGGACGGUUCCCUGACUUACCCCUACUCUUUGCGAGAGCUAAUCAAUAUUGUACGCCAUAUGCGUGCUUAUCCGAACGACUCACUCGAGGAUACUCUACGGAAUGUCUUCGAUUUCGAUGUCUAUAAGCGGGAGACUAUCGACAAGCUAGCUGAUAUCCUGGAGCAUCACGGACUUGCUGUGAAACAGCUCGGGCUAGAGGCGGCAAGAGAGGCUGCAAAGAAGAAAGUAUUGGAUCUCAGGUUCGAACCCAAGGGCUCUACCGAUCUCAGUGCACCCAAAUACGGUAAGGAGGAUCCAAAGAAUGAACCUCAUACUGGCGGGAACACUUGGGCUGGAGGUACUGGUGGCCGGGACACUGCGGGCCUAGGGGGCCGUGGGGGUUACAUGCGGCUGUACAAGGGACAUAACAUCAACCAAGUCUCCGACAAACUCAAGCGCGAAGUUCCUGAACACAUCAAAGAGAAAGCGAGAGCCAUGGCUAAGGAGGAACUGGCACGGAAGCUGGAGCAGCUCAAUAUGACCGAAGGGCAAGCCAGAGGGUACGGGGAGCUGCUUUCGGCAGUCGAGGCUCAUAUUGCUCAGUUGUACGAUCUAUUAGAGAACUUGUCCGCGAAGGAGGAGGAGAGGGUGUGGGUUAAGCGGCAGACAGAUGGGGAGCUCGACGACAGUCGACUCACAGAAGGCCUCACGGGAGAGACUACCGUUUACAAGCGGCGAGGCACGGAGAAGCCUGAGAUGGGUCGUCCGCAAAUCAAGCCCAAGCGGAUAAGAUUCGUUUUCGACAUCAGCGGGUCCAUGUACCGGUUCCAAUAUGACGGUCGCCUGCAGAGAAGUAUGGAGACAGCCGUUAUGCUCAUGGAAAUAUUCGACCGUCUGACGCGGAAAGAUAAGUACGUCUGGGAUAUGUACGGUCAUUCCGGCGAUUCUCCCGACAUUCCAUUGGUCGAAUCGGACAAGCCUCCGACCGAGAUGCAUGAACGCUGGAAAGUAGUAGAGAAGAUGAACCUGACAACGCAAUAUGCGUUUGCGGGUGACUACACUGUCGAAGCUAUUGAGAAGGCUGUCUUGCAGGUCGGGAAGUACGACGCAGAUGACUGGUUUGUCAUCGCAAUAACGGAUGCCAACUUUGAGAGGUACGGUAUCAAGCCCGAGGAUCUCAAGAAGGCCAUGAACCGGAACCCGAAAGUGCACGCUGCGCUGAUCUGUAUAGGAGAGGGGGCCGAAGCUAAAUGGUAA